AUGGUACGUUAUUGGCUUAGCUAUUAUUCUGAUCUUUAUAUUUGCUAACAAGUAUUUGCCUUUACAGUCUUUGUCGUGUAUAAUCCACCCCAGAGUUCGAAAGUUAACAUGCAACAUGUUUAAGUUUAAUCCACUGCCUCCUACAAGUCUGUGGAAUAGUCCGCACCAGCUUCUCACACUGCGGCAGGGAACUCGUUUGACGCCGACUAAGGUCCGCCUCGCACCCCAAAAGUUCAGGCCAUAUUCACUAAAUAAACGUGACGACCUUUUCGUUCUUCACUGUAGCAGAGCCUCCGUUCUCAGCGACAUGCUCAAAAAUUCAUCGUGAAGAGCUGAUUAGAUCGUCUAUUUUGGAGGGGAAACAGUAGGACUUAUUUCGUGACAUUUUGACUGCGGGUCCCUAUGUCGUUAUCGGUGGGUGUGACAAAUAUACAAAACAAUCUUUCGAACGCGCCUAAAAAUCAAUUAUUACCUUUUGUUUGUGCUAAUGAGUUUGCCCUGCAUACGGUCAUCCCGUUUAAAUUGGCUGCCGUCCCCUCCGCUUGUCUCUGUGACCUUUGUUCUUUAAAUUCAAAUCGAUACGCCGACUGAUGCAUGGUUCAUGCGAAUGCGUUGCCGUGAGAAAUCCCAGGCCCUUCAUGAGCGAACAAAGGCCCGAAAUUCGAGUUCCGUCCAAGCGAAAUGUGUACCCAAUAUCUGGUGCAUGUGUGACUUCCUAGGAAAGGUGUUCUCACCACCUUGCCGCCGGUGGAUGUCCACGUGCUCAUGUAACGUAGAUUUUCCAUCAUGACCACUAUGUUACAUAGAAGCACAGCAUGACACUUUGCAGCCCACUUCCUUCUUACCGGAACAGCCGUCUCUGUCCGUAGGACGUAUAAGCUGGGUGUAUAAUUUAGUCGUUGGCUUGCACGUCACUUUUAUCUGGUACUUUCUCAAGUUCGGCCACUUUCCCUAUUAAAGGGAUGAGUACGUUAGUUUCUUCAUUUGGGCACCUGAUUGGAAUUACCUAUUAUUCUUUUGACUCGUUUUCUCAUCCACGGACGCAGGAAACUGCGCGAGUAUUCACUUAGAGAAAUUAGUAUUAAAAGAUUGUUUAAUUCUACUUGACCACUUUCAUUCUAAGACCAGGCAGUUUGUGCCCGAUUAAUCAGGUCGUUAGCAGGUUUCCAUUUCUUAGCGAGGAAGAGAGAGAGAGAGAGAGAGAGAGAGAGAGCAGAGGGUGAGGGUAGUUGAUCUCAGGAUGCAGGAUGAAUUCGACAUGAGUUUCUUUACGGUAAACUGGAAUGGGCAAUGUUUCAACGGUCUGUCCUUGUACGAUGACAUCUAGAUGUGGGAACUUUUCGUAAAUCUUCGUCCUGGAUAUAUGUUAAACCUCUGGUAAAGUUGCGCCAUUGGUAUACAGAUAGUAGAUGAUUUACCAUACCAACAUCACAGGCACAAGUUAAAAGCCAGGACACGCGUGUCUCGUCUAUCUUGUGCCGCUGCAUGGCGCAGCUGCGAGGAGUCUAGCUCAUCAAUGGGUCUCCCCAGCGUCCCCUAUGUGCCUUCUGGUACAUAAACUCCAGUUUCCAUCUUGUUUCCGUCUUGUUUAAUUUCUGUGGAGACAAAUGUGCGGACAUGGAGUAAAUCAGAAUGGAAUUGCUGACAAAGGCAAGGGAGACUAAAAUGGCCAUUUCUGCCUUGUUGGUUGUCAUUGGCCAUCCAUACCCAACCCUGAGGCUCGAACUCGCGACCUGUUAGUUGGAAGUUCAACGCGCUAGUCACUGGACCAGGAGGUCGUAGUCCUGUCGGUUUUGAUGGGGUAUAUUAACAAUGGUAAAGGGCACGCACCGAUCGCGUCACCUAAGUCACUCUUUCUAUUGUGCUUUGGGGGUCCUUCUCGAGCUCUGCCUUGAACCUCGCAGCGGUUCGUAAUGUAAGCGGGAUAGCACUACCGACAAACACUAGGAAGACUUGAAUGACCAUUUUUGGCCUGUAAGCCUCGUCCAUUAAUCUGCCUGUAUUACGCCCUGCUCUGCGGCUGCUGGUGGGGCUCGAGAGAGAAUAUGCCCCAAGGCACAACGGGAUGAGUGACUUCCAUAACCCGAUCAGUGCGCGCCCAUUUUUCAACUCUAAGAAUGAGCCUGAAAAACUUUGCUCCGAAGGACUUACUCGACGUUAGCGCAAUAAUUUUCCAGAAAGGCAAACAAAGCAGCAUGGAAACUGAAGUUUAUAUGCCGGAAAGCACGUGCGACACAUUUAUAAGCCGAACCCCUCGCAGCUGCAUCAUGCAGUGGCACAAGAUCAACGAAAAACGCGUGUCUGGGGUUUUAGCCAGUACCUGUGCCGUUAAUGUGGUAAGUCAUCCUGUAUUUGUAUACUACCGACUACCUGUUGGCAGCUUCUGAAUGCUGCGCGGUUAUUCCGCUGUAGCUGAUUGAUUUCGGGCGGAAUAUUCAUUUCGAAUUCUGGAUUGAGCCCGAAAAGUUUCAUCCCGAAGGAUUUAAUUCACGUUCGCGCACUAAUUUCCUCAAAAAUUAAAAAGUCAGCAUUGCGUCGGUAGUGUUGUGGAGGGUCCGCAGUGGUUCCGCUUUAUUGUUGGCAAGAAUGCUAUCCUUCAUGACACGAUUACAGCUUAGAGUUAGUAAAGAGCAGAGCUUUAACUUCUGAUUCGAACAGUGUGACCUCGUCAAGAAGGCCAGAGAAAGGUGAACUGACGGAGGCUGCCGUCGGUUUGUGAUAGUAUUCUGCGUUGAAUUAAAAGUUGGUUUAUGGACGUGGGUCUGGGAUUUCAAGCGGAACGCCUCCAGGAACAAGCAUGUCGCAGGAUUUAAGUCCUUACAUUCAUGAUUUCGGUGACAGACGCAAACAAAGAGACGGGGUUGAAGGAUACCAUUAUUUCAUCCGUCGCUACCCCUGGUCCUUUCAUUUCUGUUAGAAAUCAUCUCCAGAUUGAGGCUUUACGGCUCAUUAUGAGUAAAUGGAGUUCCUCAAAUACUCACUCGGAAAUCUUGUAGUUGGGUACACUGGUCAACGAUGCCAUCAGCCGUAGUAGGGCGCAACUUUUGUGGACCGUAGGAAGUCCACCGAUCUUCGUGAUUGCCAUAGGCGCAGGCACUAGAAAAUGAUUGCCUUUGAGACACUUGAAAAGUUUUCUGUUUUUCGCACCUUCUGUAUCUUCAGGGACUACCUAGAGAACCACUGUAGACAACCUUAUUUAUAGGCUGCCGGAUGGUCGUUUUUGUAAUUGAGGAUGGUCUUGUGAAGCUACUUUAGGCAUUGUAAAACAAUCCUGAGGACAGAUUAAGAGUUUGUGGGCAGUUGUUACGAGCCUGUGCAACUUCCGGUUCACCAAAAAGUCAUAAUUACCUCCUCUUUAUCUCUAAUUAUCUGCGUACAGUGAGUGACCGAUCUCAUGAAAUGUUGGCUGACAUUCUGAAACGCGUUUCCGAUUAGGAACAAUUACUUGGGUGCAGUUGUCAUGCUGAUUAUCUUGCGGCCUAAUUCUAUAAUAUUUCGGACUCGGCAGCAUGCCAGCUUUUGAAUGUACUGCUUUUCAAUCUUCUGCGGAAACCGUAUUUGGUAAAAAAAAUGACUACAUAAGUUACAGGCAUUUUCCCUCAUUAAUUUUCGAUGGUCUUGCAAAUUCAAAUAUAUUUUGUAAAAACCACCAGCAAAAAUAGGUUUUCUUUCAGUCGUUUGAUAGAGAAUCACGUCAACUUUAUAUUUUAUGCUUUGAGGUAUAUAAUUACUUAUACUCCUCCAAGUAUAAAAUAUAAAGUUGACGUAAUUCUCAAACGACUGAAAGAAAACCUAUUUUUGCUCGUGGUUUCUACAAGAUAUAUUUGAAUUUGCAAGACCAUCGAAAAUUAAUGGGGGAAAAUGCAUGUUACUUAUGUAGUCAUUUUUUCUACCAAAUACGGUUUCUGCAGAAAACUGAGAAGCAGUACAUUCAAAAGCUGGCAUCCUGUCGAGUCCGAAAUAUUAUAGAAUUAGGCCACACGAUAAUCAGUAAUACAACUGCACCCAAGUUAUUGUUCCUAAUCGGAAACGCGUUUCAGAAUGUCAGCCAACAUUUCAUGAGAUCGGUUACUCACUGUGGCUGUAAAUUCUUCAGGACUGAUUGGACGCUCGGCCGUACUUAUUCAGACUGCUUGUAGACUAUGUGGGACUGCACAGCCACAGCUUCCUCUCACCGUGACGCAAGAUCCUUCAUUAGAACGCAAUGGAUCUCGGGGAAUCCUUUGGUUAAAGUUCACUUCCGACAAUCUUCAUUGGUGUAAUAGGGUCAUACCAUGUUUCCUAUCAUUCAGUCAUGGUGAUGCGAAAACGAGCAGUGAUAUAGCGUCGACAUGAAGCCCACUUAACAGCCAAGGUUGGGCUUUGCAACUAAGGGCUAAAUAAUUGAAAACUGUUUCUUAAAUAAAUAGUGAACGUGAGCGACAACGCCGAAUAGUAGUUGGGACCUUAUGACAAUAUGGAAUUCAAAAUCAACGACAGCAACGUCGGAAACAGGGCAAAGAGCAGGUGACGUUUUGAAAUCAGGGAGAGUUUCUUGUCUCGACUCAGACGCAACUUCAUGAGGGACCAGACAGCGUAGCUGACCGGUGUCAUGCUGACAUAAGCCCCUGCCUAAAUUCCAUCUUAUCAACUACUUUUCUAUUUCUCGUUUUAGUCCCAGUAUGUCAAUUGUAAGAUGAAUAAAGCCCAGUUAUAGAGUAUUCUCGUUCUCACUCUUGUAUCCAUAUUUGUUCGUCCACUCCAUCUCGUGUGCUUGCUACGGUCCUAGCUACAACAACCGGCGCACAGCAAAUAGCGAAACUCAUAAAACGUUCACUGAAGUUCUAAAAUGUGAUUCCCGUUAAAAGGGAUUACUUGGAUGCGGUUGUAAUAUUGAUUAUUAUGCAGCAUGCUUCUAAGAUAUUCCCGUCGUGCCAAAAUGUCAGAUUUUGAAAGCACGCCAUUCCGGCCACGCGGUUAAAAAUAACUAUAGUGUUAUUUUCCGUUGGUUUUCGACACUUUUAUGGAUCGAAGCACAGAUUUUAGAAAGCAGGCUUGAGAAGUCUUUUUCUAUACUCAUUUUGUAGCUAAUUGUAUUUUAAACUUUUCCUCUCAGAAAACUUGUAGCUUUCAGUUUCCUAAAAGGUUAAUGAUUCGGAGAUUUUUAAGACUGUGAAAUGCCCGUCCAUUAAUGCCCUUAUGAAUCAUGCAACAUGGUGCAUAUCAGCGGCAACAUUUUAUGAACGCCAGAUGACACCUUGAUAGCACAAGGAGUGUAUGCUUUUUCUUAAACGGCAGGUGUACAGCUGGUAGUGCACCGGCAGAUAAAUUAUCCGGAAUUUGGAAAACUUUUUAAAAGAACUAAAGGGUGCAAUUUGUCCGGGUAGAAGAUUUGAGUAAAACGUCAUUCGCUACAAAAUGCGUAUAAGGAUGCUUUUGCGCAUGCCUUCUAUAAAACAUGUUCGCGUUUACAAGGGCAUCAAAACCCAGUGAGAAAAAAUCACAUUACUUACGCAGUUAUAUUUGGCGAAUGGGAUUCCUGCAGGCGGCUGGAAGAACAUGCAUUCAAAAGCCGGGUACCCUGACGUGACCGAAAUACCUCGGAAAUACGUCGCAUAACAAUUGCCGUUACAAUUCCACCCAAGUGAUCAUUUCUAACGGAGAUUAAAUUGCAGAGCUGUAGUUAGUUAACGAGGUACGUCACUUACUGUUUUCUCAUUACAACUAAAGAGUCUGAAAUUUCUCAUUAUUUUUCAUUUCGAGUUUUAACUGUCCACAGUUGCUCGUCCCUGGAGGUCUUUGUCAUAUGGUACGUGUGUGAGCCGAAUGUCCCACGCAAAAAAUGUUUCCUUCAACGGAAAUCUGUUCAGGCCAAAAUAUCAUCUCUGUCUGACGACAGCAGUAGGCUAAGAGGAGUCGUCCGCUCCCCUCCCCCACUUUAGCGGAAUGUAUGCAUAGCUCCUGUCGCCAUCUGCGAGUGGCAUGGGUAGGAACCUCGGCCGCAGUCUACACGGAGAUGGUUUUCCAGCGGGCUGUGCAGAAGUGUUUUUUUUCGGGGAUUUCAUGUCAAAUUCAGCGGUUUGCCUCGUCCUGUGAUUUUUCUACUUUCCGAGCCGUAAGACCGGCGGUGAUGCAUUUCCAUAAUCUACGUAGAAACUGUCCCUGCUAAUUUCUUAACUGGCCAAUUCGUUAACCGUCCUUGCCCUGACUGCCUAUUCUUCAUUUCUUUUGCAGUCGAACGCCUCGCUUUCCGGUCGCGUAGAAUGCGGGCCGACCGAAAGGUUUUGUGAAGUCUGUUGCACUACGGUGCAGGUCGCGAAUUGGGCGAUGCAUGUCGAGGGGAGGACACACAACCGUAGACUGUCGUCCGGCGCGGUUUCAUUGUCCUUACAGUCUGGGCCCCGGGAUGACGGCUUAUUAGUAAGUGCGCAUCUUCCCAUCAUUCCUCGCUCUCGUAGGGUGGUGAUACCUCAUGUACAGUGAGUGACCGAUCUCAAAAUGUUGGCGGAGGUUCUGAAAUGCGCUUUCGAUUAGGAAGGAUUACUUGGUCGCGGUUGUAAUACUGAUUAUCUUGCGGCAUAAUCUUAUAACCUUUCGGACUCGGCAGGAUGUCAGUUUUUGAAUACACCGCUUUUCAAUCUCCUGUAGAAACCAUACUCGGUAAGGAAUGACUACUUAAGUAGCAUGCAUUUUUCCCACUGAUUUUCGAUCGUUUUGCAAAUUCAACUGUAUCUUACAGAAACCACAGACGAAAAUAUGUUUUAUUUCAGUCAAUUAAUAGAGAAUCACGUCUUCUUUAUAGUUUAUACUCAAGGCAGGAGUAUAAUGUGGUUUUAAAAAAGUUUUCUAAUUGCCGAAUAAUUUGGAGCCUGAUCAUUCUUUGCACUAGCUUUUAAUGAUUUCAGUCUACGAGGUGCAUGCGUUCCGCGUGAAAAAAUAACAUAUUUUUAUAUGUCAUUAAAAAGAUACCAUACAGAUUCUAUAGAAUUUUGGAACGGAUGCGGACUAUGUUGUACAUUUCAUAAGGAGCUGUGGUAAUCCGCGAGGUACGAUGCUAUGUGAAUGACAUUGCGAGGUCUUAAAAAAUCCAUAAUUAGAAACUUUAAAACCUAAUUAUACUCCUUCCUUGAGUAUAAAAUAUAAAGAAGACGUGAUUCUCUAUUAAUUGACCGAAAGAAAGCAUAUUUUUAUUUGUAGUUUCUAUAAGAUAUAUUUGAAUUUGCAGAGCCAUCGAAAAUCAAUGGGAAAAUGCAUGCUACUUAAGUAGUCAUUUCUUGCCGAGUAUGGUUUCCACAGGAGAUUGAAAAGCGGUGUAUUCAAAAGCUGACAUCCUGCCGAGUCCCAAAUGUUGUAAGAUUAUGCUACAAGGAAGUCAGCUUUACAACCGCGAUCAAGUAAUCCUUCCUAAUCGAAAGCGCAUUUCAGAAUUUCAGCCAGCACUUAAUGAGAUCGGUCACUCCCGUACGCAUCACUUGCCGUCAGACUACCCCCAACGCGGGUCUUGUCCUUUCUUAAGUUGUAGGGGUCUGGUCCUUCCUAUUAACAUAAAGUCUGCCUUCUAUAGCGCGUUUGACUCCCUUUGUUCGUCCUUUGGUCAUGAUGAUGUUUUACUGGAAAAAAAUAUAGGAGGCUCUGCAGGUCUCUUUUAUAGCACUUAAAAUACCUGAAAGGAGUUUCGGGUCUGCCAAUAACAAUAAAUUAUCAAACUUGCCUACAGUACCGAAGACAAGAAAACUCACCUUAUCCUAUGCCACCAACAGUUUUUUUGACUUUCCGUCUAGGCGUUUUCCGAUUGCCGAGGAUCGCUCUGGUAAAGACUGUUAUUUAAAUCCCUUGUGCCGUUUGUCAGACGAAAAAGUUUGGGAAAUGCGUCUUUGCCAUAGUCACGUUCUAACAUAAAGGUCUGAGGUAGAGGUGAGCCCACCGAUCGUUACCACGGAACUCACUUGUCCCGUUGUACCUUACGGGCUCUCUCUCGAGCCUAACUGGCAGUCGUACAGCGGCGCAUGAUAUAGGCAGGAUGGUAUUGGUAGUGUUGGUAGUCUAACAGGCGUGGAAAUGACCAUUAUUGUUUCUGCUACUACUAAUAAUUAGUACGACUGCAGUUACUUCUAUCACAACUGCCACCACCUCUACCAGCAGGGAGCAGAUCAGGAGCUGCAGUUCCCACUCCGCCGAUAACGUCAUGAGGCGCGGAUUUUUUUGAGUUCUUUUUUCCUUCGGGCUCUAGUUAGAUGACCAGAAACAGUUGUAGUCUGUUGUCAGCUUAUUCCUGUCAGGCCAGGGCCUUACCAUACCAUUAAGCUUAUGAAACCCAUCCGGAAUAGCUCUUUUACUUGUAGUCAUUUUAAAUAUCAAGAUCAUAUUUUAGCGGUUUAGGUCUUUGAAAAAUAGGACUUUCAGCAGACAGACAGAAAGAAUGGCAGGCAACCUUAUUGCCUCAACCUUUGGGUGUAAACGAGCUUUUCGAAGCCCGAAUCCUUCAGCGUAUUUUCUAGCUGUAGCUUCUUGGUCGUCCCGCCAACGAAAAAAAGUCUACCAUAGACUAUUCUAAAAUUACGGACACAGGAGGUUCAUCUUCAGGAACUGACAUAACUCGUGAACUGGGCGUAAAUUUAUGAGUUAGUCAACAGGAAACCUACCCAAAUGCACUGACCAAGAAACCGAUAACGUAUAACCUACAAUUAAAUGAAAAGACAAAAGAGGUACUUAAAGUACAGUUCUAUUGAGAAAACCGGAAACGCUGGAAGCGCUAAAAUUUGCGGCAAACGAGUCAGCUUAAUUUGCUGAAAUGCAAAAAAACUGUCCAUGCAAACAAGUAAGCAAACAGUACUUGGUAACCCUAAGAGUAAAUAUACUCCAAGAAUGAGUGUAGCAUGUAGCGUACCAACUAGUUAAUUGUCAAAUGUUUGCAUGUGUGUUCCAAAAUGGUUCUGCGAUAAUUCGGUGUGAUGUUUUUCUCAUUUUGCCUUAUUCGAGAUGCAGUGAGCCAUAGCGAAAAGGACUUCGCUUUAAUUCGCGGAUGGGGACGUUACUGGAAUAAUUUCAUAAGGUCGCAUGGCGGGAGGCUAAUCAGUACUUACUUGUACUUGAUACGGCUGCGAUCAUGCCUAAGCUAGCCGGCCUCGAUGAUGUUCCGAACUGUACCUCUCCACGCGUGACGAUCCGCGGCAGCAGCUCUGGACAGCUCAACCCAUUCCCUUCGCUAAUGACGUAGACCGAAUACCGAGGGUCCAAGAACCGCUUCCAUGUCUUGACGAACUGUGUCGAGUCAGGUUUUGAGCUGACCCCUCUACGACGCCUCCCGUGGGGCAACGGCGCCGUAUCGAGGGCAGUAACACUGAGCUCCUGAGGUGGACGACGAGAUUGUCUCAUUUUAGAUGAAGUCGGUGAACUUCACUCGAAGGAUGGUUCUCAAGCAGUGGUGAUCAAAUAUCUCCACGCGCACAGUCCAGCAUUUACAACCAUAGAGAAGGACAGACCGGACAGAUGCACUGUACACGCAAAUCUUAGUGCCGGAGAAGAAGUCGCGUCGGAUCCAAUGGCAUUUCCUAAGGCCUGAGAAAAUCCGGCGGGCAGCAUCAGUUCGGAAGACAAUGUCAUCCUAACUAUGGCCGUUCGGCAGCAGCCUCGCCCCGAGGUAUUUAAAACUGUCUACUUCUUCAAAUUGACAGUCAUCAAUCCUGAGAGUCCCCUCCUCCCGUCCAGGGAUGCAGCUUGAAAACACUUUAGUCUUCCAAGCGUUUAUGGAUAAACCGACCGAUUUAACGACCUCGUUCACCCGUGACACCAUAGGCUGCAGAUCAAUAAAACUUGAGGCAAAUAAGGCAAAAUCUGCGGCAUAGCCGAGAUCAGUCAGUCGGUGUCCGAAUGCAAACUCUAGACCGUCAACUUCAUGUAGAGCCUUCCCGAGAAUCCAGUCAAUAGCGUACUUGAAGAGAUUGGGCGACAGGAUACAACCCUGUCGAACGCCAGACCGAAUACCCAACGGUUGGGGAAGAUUGUUAGGGACCAGGACUCGUGUGGUGGUGGAGCGAUAACAGGCCUUAAUCACGACGAUGAUUUUUGGCGGUACACCAUCUAA